UAUUUGGUUAAUCGUGAAAAGGACAGUUUGUGACAAGAACAUAGCGCGCUAAAAUUUUGAGAAAUAUUUCUUAUUAUUAUUUUAACGAGAUAUUGUUGGAAGACAACAGCAGGAUGGGAGGACAAGAUCUUUUGGAUAGUUUGUGCAAAUCAAUUUCCCGCAUCAUGGAGUACUGUCAACAUGCCGAGUUCAAAAACGCAACGCUGGAGCAAGUUAAAGUUCGUGCUGAGAAGUUGGAAGCGUAUUAUGCACGAUUUGUAGAUGCACAUGAGAAGCAGUUGGAUCAAGAUGCUACACAAGCAAGUACAUAUGACGACAUCGCAGCUUUAGUGGAGUCGCGCUAUUUUACAGCACAAGCCCUGUUGGCUGUUAAGAUCAAGGAGCUCACACCUGUGUCAGCGCCAAUUUUGCAUGAGCAGCAGCCCUUCGCGGUCCAGGUAAACAUACCAUAUCAACAGCAUGACUUAAAAAAUACCUGGGGUAAUUUUGACGGAACAUUAACUAUGUGGUCUGGGUUCCGUGACCGGUUUUCAGCUGGCAUACAUGAAAAUAAGAAUGUUUCGCCAGCCUUUAAAUUUUCUUAUUUAAAAAAGUCGCUCAUUGGUAGAGCUGCACAAACACUCGGUGAAUGGCAGCUUACAGAUGAUAAUUAUAUAGAGGCAUGGGAGCGGCUCAAGCAGCUGUAUGACCGCAAAUAUCCAAUUUGUCGCGAACAUUUACGACAGUUUAUUCGUUUGCCAGUUAUAGGAGGGGUGCCACGGGCUCAUGAGCUUCAGCGAAUGUCCAAUGUGACACAUGAAGUGUUACGACAGCUCCGAGCUCAAGGAAUUCGGGUCGAUGCUUGGGAUAUGAUUAUAGUUCAUAUGCUGCAUGAAAGGUUAGAUCCUGAUACGAGCAAGCAGUGGGAGCUGCAACGAGAGACGGAAACACCGACUGUUAAACAAAUGCUAGAUUUCUUGGAUCGCCAAGCAGCUGCCUUAGUUAAUGUUGCAGAUCUACGUAAUUCACGACCACAAGACGGCAAGGCAGUUUAUAACAAUGACCGAAAUACAAUAGUAAACGUGAACGUAUAACGAAAGGUGAAAAUUUGAACCAAAGCAGAUUGUUAGGUAAGAGAUCAUUUCCAUGUGUCGCCUGUAGUGGUGAUCGUCCACUAUGGAUGUGCGAUGAUUUUGUCGCGCUCAACUUAAGAUCUCGUGAGGAGUUUGUAAGAAGAAACAAUAUCUGCCAGAAUUGUUUCAAGAAAGGGCACGGAGCUGGUAAUUGUUUUCAGAAUGGGUGUUCUCGUUGUCCAGGGCAAAUUAAACAUAACAGCUUGCCUUGUCCAAUGAGGGAAGUGUCAA